UCGGCGGGGCCGUGAGGGCGCCGGAGGAGUGCGGGGAGUGCUGCGGGCCGGAUGGGUCGUGCAAAGGCAGUAGUCGCCAAUGCCGCGGGAAGGCUCUGAAGUUCCAUCAUGUCCGAAUCCAGGUCUUCAGGAAGGAGAAAAGCCCAGAUCGCUUUGUCACCGAGUGCAAAGAAGAAAAAGAAAGAAGCGGCGAGGAAAACGAAAGAUAAAGGAACGCCCUCUAUACCUCCGCAGUCCUGCUCUAUUAUUUCGUUAUUCAACAACGCGCCUCCUGCUAAAGUUAGCUGUCCCGUGUGUGGGCAGCUGGUGCCGAGGUACGGGAUAAACCAGCACGUGGACCGGCUGUGUCGAAGCAGCUGUGCCGGCCUGGGUGCUGCUGCUGCUGGUGGUGAUGGGGGUGCGGCGCUCGGCACCACACAGAGUCUGCCAGGCACACCUGUGAGCGGUAAUUCCAGCCCGUAUUGCUCGGAGCCCUCGCAUCUGGGGACAAGUCCUUCCCAAAGCAGAGUGCUGAAAACAGAAGGCAGGGCAGUGCAGCACGUUAGUCCUUAUUUUAGCAGUCGGGGUCCAGCCGGUGAUGCUUACACUGAGCCCCUGGAGCAAACGGUUAAAGUCGUUUCUUUGGGAAGCUUGUCAUCUAAACUGUCCAGAAGACGUCGCAUCCAGAGGGGAAAACAGAUCGUGUAUAAGGAGAUGGACUCCUCGCCUCCAGCUGCUCACAGCAUGUGUGGCAGUGCUGCAGCACUGGAUGGCAGUGCUGAUGACAUCUGUGCUGGGAGUAGUUCUCAGAAAGAAAAUGAGCUUGUUCAGAGGGUGCACCAGGAGCAAAAUCCCUUGGAAGAGUUUGAAUUUCAAACUGAAAUAGACGAAUAUAAUAAGGGAGAUGUUACAGAUGUUGUUCAGGCAUCGUUACCGGCUGAUAGAGUGCUGUUUGGUGCAAGGAACUCCAGAGCGGGAAGUAGAUCUAAAGGCGUGGUGCUCAGUCCCAGUAAUUCUCAAACACCUCUGGCUGUUGGUACCUCAGCAGGGCUGGUCAGCAGUUCAGAGGUUGAGGCACAGCCUCGUGCUCAGCGUGUUCCGUCUUCAGAGAUGGAAGUGGACUGUGGUACGCAAAGCUGCUUUAAUGACAGUGAUGAACAAGUACUUCCUGUGGAAGUUCUUGAAGACUUUAAUUAUGAGUUUAAUCAUAACUUAGCAGAAACUGUGGAAAAGGUGGAUUCUCAAAAUUCCGUUGGUGAUAUUUUAAAUAAAAUAAAUGAGGUUAGCUCUUCUAGUCACCCAUAUUACCUCCGAAACUUUUUAAUGGUGUUGCGAGCAGUGUUGGAGAAUGAAGAUGAUCUGAGACUCUUUGAUGAGCAAGAUAUGAACGUUAUUACUCAGUUCUGCCAAUUAUCAGUUGGUGGGCAGAAGUUAUAUGUGAGACUUUUUCAACGUAAGCUGAACUGGUUAAAAGUGAACAAAAUUGAGUAUGAAGAGAUAGCUAAGGAUUUGUCACCAAUAAUUGAAGAACUGGUUGAAGCCAGAUUUUUGCAAACAGGUAUGGCCUGCAUUGAAUCUGAGCUGGAAGACCUGUGUGAAGGUUUGGAUUUGCUUUCUGCCCCUGAACUAAAAUCUUUAGCAAAGAUCUUUCACUUGCCAAAUCCAAAUGGUCAGAAACAACAACUUGUGGAUGAUUUCCUGAGGUUGGCAAAACAACGUUCCAUCUUCAGCAGGAAUCAGGCUGGUAUUGGGACUGUUAUUUUAAAAAGGGCAAAGGAUCUGGCGGGAAGAUCAGUCAGAAUAUGUAAAGGCCCUCGAGCUGUCUUUUCUCGAAUCCUGCUGCUAUUUUCCCUGUCUGAAUCAGUGGAGGAUGAAGAAGCUGGCAGUGCUGGUCAAGGGCAGCUCUUCACAGUUCUGAUGGUAAACAUGGGACGUAUGGUGUUCCCCAGUUAUGCUGUGAAUAGGAAAACACAAGUCUUCCAGGACAGAGAGGAUCUUAUCAGGUAUGCAAAUGCUGCUCACCUGUCAAACGAUAUAGCCACUGCAAUGGUAAAUGGGAACUGGGAAGAAGCUCAUCAUCUGUAUGUGUGUGCAAAAGAAACUUGGAACAGUCUGAAAGAUCACCCCUCUUUGAGCAAUCACAGAGUUCUACCCGAGUAUCUGCGACAUUUCACAGUUGGCUGGAAAUACACAAGGAUACUUUCUCAAGGUGUUGAAAUUUUGCAGAGACUUCACAUGUAUGAGGCAGCAGUGCAGGAGCUGCAGGCGCUUUUGGCUCAGGACGUGUAUUGUACCGACAGCAGGGGGCGCUGGUGGGAUCGCCUCGCUCUGAAUUUACAUCAGCACUUGAAAAAAACCCCGCAGGCCGUUGACUGCAUUAGGAAUGGACUGGCUGACCCGUUUGUACGGACGGGGCACCGUCUCGCUCUCUACCUGCGGGCUCUACGCAUCAGGGACUCACCAAGCUGCAGGCAGCUCAGAUGCCUUUUUCAUGAUUUGCCAGGCAUAACUGUGGAGGAUGUGACACACGUUACAAUCAAGGGAAAGAUGUGUCCUCAAACAGGAGUGGGAAAAUCUGUGUUUCUAAUGGAGGAUAUCAGUGAUGAAGAAGAAGGAGGCAAAGACUGCAGUGUAUCCACAGUCAUGUGCUCAGUUGAGGAGCUUGCAUUAACUCAUUACAGACAGAAUGGUUUUGAUCAGGGUAUUCAUGGAGAGGGUUCAACGUUUAUUACACUGUAUGGUAUUCUAAUGUGGGAUAUCAUUUUCAUGGAUGGCAUACCUGAUGUCUUCAGAAAUUCCUAUCAGAUGUUCCCCCUGGAUUUGUACACUGACUGCUUCUAUGAGAACAGGAGGGAUGCCAUUGAGGCCAGGCUCCAGCAGCUUCACGGAGCUUCUUUGGAGACUCUGGCAAACUUGAUUGCUGACAUCUGGACCACGCAGGAGGGAAAAGCAGCAGCACUGGUUAGCUGGGGACUUUUUAGUUCCCUCCAGCAGGUUCAGAGCCUUGUCUCUUGCCUUGGAGGAACGUUUCUGAGUGGUGUUUUUAGGCGACUUUCCAAAGAUCUGCGCCACUGCAGAGGGGGGCUUCCUGAUCUGGUGGUGUGGAGUACUCACAGUAAUCACUUCAAGCUCGUAGAAGUGAAAGGCCCCAACGAUCGCCUGUCCCACAAGCAGAUGAUCUGGCUGAGCGAGCUGAAGAAGCUGGGGGCUGCUGUAGAAGUCUGUCACGUACAAGCAGUUGGAGCUAAAAGUAAACGGCUCAGUUGACAAAAGGUGUCUUAACCACAUGGGUAACUUGGUUGUUUCUAAGGAUGUGGUGGGCCAUACACUACUGUUACUGCUUCUUCUAAGUGUUUUCUUCUGAAUUCUGGCUUCUUAGUGCACAAAACAUUCUAAAGAAUAGUCUGAGAAAACUGUCACUUGUGUUCAGUAGAAUAAAGCAUUUUCUUCUA